AUGGAUCCAGCUUUUGGAGCUUCUGCCACAUAUUCUAAUGCAAUUGAGGAGGAUUUGAACCAGCUUAGGUAUUCUGUCCAUGAAAAUUUCAACAAAGUUCAGAAGCUUGAAGAGCAAGUUGCUGAGGUUGAAAAGUUCUACAGUUCCAUUAAUGCCCAAGUUAAUAAUGCCAAAGACAAAGGCCGGGAGAAGCUUGUUAUUGGCAGUAAAAGGUCACAGCAAGGUGCAUCAAGAAAGGAAUCUAAAUCUUCAAACAUAAUGCAAGAGAUAGCUGAGCAUAAAUGGGCUUGGCCUUUCUUGGAACCUGUAGAUGUUGAAGGUCUUGGACUGUAUGACUAUCAUGAGAUUAUUGAACAGCCUAUGGAUUUCAGUACGAUAAAAAGGAAAAUGAAGGCUAAGGAUGGUUCUGGUUAUAAGAACGUGCGCGAGAUAUAUUGUGAUGUCAGGUUGAUUUUUAGGAAUGCAAUGACAUACAACGAUGAAAAACAUGAUAUCCACAUCAUGGCGAAGUCAUUGCUGGAAAAAUUUGAGAAGAAAUGGCUGCAGUUAUUGCCUAGAGUUGUUCUGGCGGAAAAAGAACAAUCAAAAGAAGAAGCACAUGUGCAGUUGGAAACGCAGCGUGCUCAAGAAGCUACUUAUGCCAAUAUGGCAAAGGAUAUAAGCCUUUCGAUGGUUACCGUGUUGGCUUACAUGUUGUUUCAGCUAUGCGAUGUUGAGAUGCACUUGAAGAAUCUCAAAGAAAUGGUGAUUGAAAAGUGCAGGAAAAUAUCAGUUCGUGAGAGACUGGAACUUGUAAAAUCUUUCAACAGACUUAAUCUUGACAAUCUCAACAAGGCAUUGCAGAUAAUUUGUGAGAAUGACCCAACCUUCCAACCUGAUGCUCCAGAAGUGAACCUUGACCUUGAUAAUCAGAGCGACUACACAGUAUGGAGACUAAACAUUUUUGUCAAAAAAGCGCUGGAAGAACAGGAAAAAAAUGCUACUGAGGUUAUCACUGUUAGUCAUAACGUACGCAAGGCAUUAUCUUAG